CUUUUUUGGUCCCUCUGUCUUCUUCCUCCUCCUCCUCCACCAGCUCGGCGAUGGAUUUCGUUGCUUCUCCUCGAUUCUUCUCCGAGGUAACUCUCCAAGACCCGCCGCCCCUCGAAACCAACGUGCCGCGGCGAACGACUUUGGUCUCCACAACUUCCUCCACGCGCCUCCAUGUGACCGUCCACUACACCAUGAUUCAGAGACAAAUCUUCCGAUACGGCCGCAUCCUCGCGUUCGACCCGGUGCUCGGCGCGUCGAUGGCGCCCCCGCCCCAUUCCUUCGACUUGGGCACGUUGGGGAUGCUCCGCAUCCGGCCCGCCCACGUGCUCCAAAACCUCGCUGCCGUCUGGGCCCAUCUCGGUAUACCCGAAUGGGCCCGUCAGCACCUGGGCCUCUCCCUGACCCGACAGAUCGACGAGCUGGCCCAGGACCUGCCGCGCACGCUCCAAGAGCUGCGCGUGGUGUGGAGGGUGAAGAGGGUGGACGACGUCGUGCACAAUCUCCAACUCGACGACGAGCCGACCAGGAGCUGGUUUAGGCAGUUCGCAAUGGCGGCGCUGGUGGCGGCGGGACAGGGGAACGGGAAUAACAACAACGGGAUGGUCCCCGCCGCGCCUGAGGCUCUGGCGAAACUGGCGGCGGUGGAAGCGGAGUCCGUCGCCGGCCGGGGGGAGAGUUGCUCGAUCUGCUUGGACGAGUUGGGCGGUGGCGGUGGUGCGGCUGCGGCGAUGCCUUGCAAGCAUGUGUUUCACGAGCAGUGCAUUGUUUCUUGGUUGAAACGGAGCCAUUACUGUCCAAUUUGUCGAUUCGAGAUGCCCACGGCGGAGGAUGCGCGGCUGUCUCUGGCGUCAUAGACGGUUUCUUGUCGUCGGAGAUAGGUUUAGUAGUGACUACUACAUGUCUACAUUAGUGUAGUGGACGAAUUGGUUGUAAAUUUGUGUACGCUCAAGUUCCUUUUGGUAAUUUGACUUUACUUUUAGUUUAUAAUUUUUUCAAGAAUGUUUGUUUACUUUACUAUCAUCGUCCAAUUUCAAGAUUUUCUCAAACGAUCAUGCGUGAGUGUGUUUGUAUCUCUUGCUAUAAUCAUAACUGUUAUUAGAGGAAUCGAAUGGAUUUAAGGUGGAACGUAAAAUGAUUAUUCGAGUUCUUUUGGAAGAGGAACGGAUAAGAAUUGUAUUGUACUCAAAAGAAUUAAUCGGAUGAACCAAG